AUGACUCGCGCACAGAUGAUCAACUCGAUGGAUAUGAUGCGGUCGGGGUGCGCGCCCAAGUUCAAGGUUACAACCGAAAUGUUGGACAAUUUGCGGAAGGGCAUUUUCGAGGAGGAUCGCGAGCUCAAAUGCUACACGGCGUGUAUCGCGAAGAUGAUCGGGACGUUGAAUAAAAAAGGCGAGAUCAACGUUCCAAAGAUGCUCACCCAGAUGGACGUUAUGAUGCCACCGGACAUAAAGGAGAAAGCUAAAGAGGCGAUUCAAGCCUGCCGCGAUGUUCAGGCUCAAUACAAGGACACGUGCGACAAAACGUUCUAUUCCACGAAAUGCCUCGCCGAGUACGAUGGCGAGGUGUUUAUGUUUCCUUAG